GUGUAUCGUGACGUCAUGUAUAUGCGACACAAUCACAUGUCGCCACCGGAAGUGUUUUCGUUUCGCUACUAUCGCUCACUCUGGGGAUACAAACAACUUUUGAACAUUUUCAAACCGGACACACCGAGAACGUCUCGGUAUUUUAUUGGCCAAGUAGUUCAUUACCUCUGAAAUGGCUGAUGGUUCACCAGGUUGGACUGAAAAGCAGACGGAUGGGUUUUCAGAGAUGAUGGAACUGCUUCACAUCGACGUGCAGGACCAGGAGGAACUUCAGGGGACGCCUGAGAGAGACCCCGCUCACUGUUCAAAGAAUGUGCUGCGAAAGCAGCGACACUGGCAGAGGCAGCUGGCUGCCAAAAAGAGCAGAAGGAAGGAGGAGAAACUGCGAAGGAAGCUCAAUCGGGAGUUUGGUAAAGAUGAUGAACAAAGAAGUGCAAAGUGUAUACAGUACGUUAGUUUGUCGUGUUUUUGUGUUUAUGUGUUAGCGCCCCCUCAGCAGAGCAAGCGGGUCAUGAAGGCCAUCACCAGAGAACGUUUAGCCGAGGCUCGCUCCAGUGGCCUCAAAGUGUGCAUUGACCUCAGCAUGACACACUGCAUGUCUGACAAGGAGGUCAGCAGACUUUCAGCUCAGUUACGGAGACUCUAUGGUUCCAACAAGAAGGCCCUGCAACCUUUCCAUCUGUUCCUGACAGACCUGAGAGAGGACAGUCGCCUCCUCAGCGAGUGUGUUCGCAUGAAUGCCGGCUUCUUGGAUUACUCGAUGGAAAUAACACAGCAAAGCUGUCUGGACAUUUUCCCACCACAAAGUCUUGUGUACCUCUCACCAGACGCCGAAGAAGCUUUGGACUGUGUGGAGCGUGACAAGGUGUACGUCCUCGGAGGACUUGUGGAUGAGAGCGUCCAGAAGACAUUGAGCCUCUGCCGGGCCAAAGAACUGGGUGUCCGAGUGGUUAGGCUCCCCAUCGACGAGUACAUGCAAAAGAAGCACAACGACAAGAACUUCCACUCAAAGAUUCUGGCCAUCAAUCAAGUGUUGGACAUCAUGCUGACUUUGUGUGAAACAGGAAGCUGGACUCAUGCUUUGAGCAAGUGGUUCCCCCAGGGGAAGGGUUAUGUGGUUGCACCACACUUCCGGGACUCUAUUUCUCCUAACCCUCCACUGCAGUGUCUACUUCCGGAGAAUAAGAUUGGUUGUUGCAACACUGAAGAAUUGAACUGUCCACAUAACAGGACACAAGAACAUUUGUGAUUGGUUAGUUUGACUCAUGAGCGACUAGUGAGAAAUCUACCAACUUUUUAUGUGUCAUUGGAGAGGGGUUUUUUUGUAUUGGGGGACUGGAAAGUGAAUGCACAUACUGAUCUGCUGUUUCUCUUCUGAGACAUCUCUAGAGAAACUGAUUUAUCUGUACUGUACAGACUGAACUUGAAAAUGCAACAAAAGGUUGGGCAUACAAGCGUAUUCAAGAGUCAGAUUGUUGUGACGUGCUGGUCCCAAGUGUGGCUUCAACAUGAAAAGCCUCAACAAAAUAAACACUUGUGGCUGCAAAUAAGGAGCUUCAGAUGCUCAGCUGACACACACACACACAAACACACUUCAAGUGCAGAAUGUCAUGUGGGGGCCAAUAAAGGACGCAUGUGUGAGGCUUUUAAUAAUUUAUUUGGCUGAGCUGCGUGUGUACCGAUGAGAAAAAGCAAGCGGGAAUUACAGAAUAAAUCAGGGAUGCCGAAA